CUCAUCUCGCCCAAUCUCGUCUGGUCUCGCCGCCGCCGUCGGGGCCGUCGGGGGAGUAUUUUUGCUGAGCUGGUCUCGUGUUUACGUCUGGAGGAUUCGUCGCGAAUCGACUCGCCCCUCCCGUCGCAUCCUCACCCUCGUCCCUCCGAGUUCCCCGAGUCUCGCGACCCGAUCCGACCUCGCGUGCGAGCCACGUUCGCGUGGAGAUUCUUUCCUCCCGGCACUUUCCCCGCCUUCCCGUCGACGGCGAGAGAAAGAGAGAGAGAGAUAGAGCGAGAGCGAGGCGGACGGACGCGUGUUCCCCCCCCCCCGUGUUUACCUCGUGGUAAAUCCAGGCCAGGUCGAGUGUGUUUCAUUGCGUUUCGUUCACGCGCGGCGCAAACGAUGAAGGUGACGGUGACGACGCUCAGCGACGACAGCGUCUUCGUUCUCGACGUGAGCGAGGAGCUGGAGCUGGAGAACUUCAAGGCGUUCUGCGAGAUCGAGAGCGGCGUGCCGGCCCACGAGAUCGUGAUCGCGUUCAACGGCCUGCCGCUCAUGGACGACAAGAAGUCGCUGCGCGACCACGGGAUCCGCGACGGCGACGCCGUUAUCCUCCAGCAUAUGCACCAGAGCGGCAGCGACCUGAACUUGCAGCCGUUCAACAGAGCCAUUCCAUUACUGGACUUCAGUUCCAUCAGAGUUCCCGGGGCCAGCAACAAUCAGCAGCGCCCGUCGCCGAUCGCGAACAACCGGGUGCAAAAUCCCCGCAGCGAGGACGAUCCGGCUAUGAUAAAGAACAUGUUCAUGGCCAAUCCGGAUCAGCUGGCGUUGCUGAAGCAAAAUAAUCCCAGACUGGCCGACGCGCUGCUGUCGGGGAAUCUCGAUCGAUUUUCAACUGUACUCAGAGAGCAGAUAGCCGCUCGAGAAGAACGGCAAGCGCAACGGCUGAGAAUGAUGAACGCCGAUCCCUUCGACACCGAAGCGCAGCGGCUGAUCGCCGAGGAGAUCAGACAGAAGAAUAUCGAGGCGAAUAUGGAGGCCGCGAUGGAGUACAAUCCGGAGACCUUCGGCACCGUCGUUAUGUUGUAUAUCAAUUGUAAAGUCAACGGAUUUCCGGUGAAAGCAUUUAUUGACUCAGGUGCACAAACUACCAUUAUGUCCGCUGCCUGUGCCGAGAGAUGCCACAUUAUGCGUUUGGUCGACACAAGGUGGGCUGGAGUCGCCAAGGGUGUUGGAGUACAACGUAUAAUCGGUCGUAUACACAUGGUACAAAUACAGAUCGGCAAUGACCAUCUGACAACGUCCUUCAGCGUCCUCGAGGAACAGCCUAUGGACAUGCUGCUGGGCUUGGACAUGCUCAAGAGACAUCAGUGUUGCAUAGACCUGAAGAAGAAUGUCUUGAAGAUCGGAACUACGGGUACUGAGACUACAUUUCUGGCAGAAGGCGAUUUACCAGAGUGCGCAAAAUUGAGCGGAAACAGCGAUGAAUCCUUGGACGACAAGGAUCUCCAGCGAGCUCUCGAGGAUAGCACGAGAGAUGCUAAGAAACAGAGGCAACAGCAUGACGGGCAAGGUACCAGUAGUCAAGGGUCGUCGAGGCCCGCUGCCUUAGAGACUACAAUCUAUCCUCACGACCCAUUCACGGAAGCCACGGUCAAGGAAUUGGAGGCCCUGGGUUUCACCAGGGCGCAAGUCAUUGCGGAAUUGCGUAGAUUUAACGGGGACAAGACGCAGGCCACUGCCGCGCUGUUUGCGAAAUCAUUCAAAUUUUGAAAAUUAUCACGUGCGAUUCGAAGUACGCGAGUUAUCAUGAAUGAACGAAGGGACACAGGCAUAGAGCGAAAUUGUGAAUAUAUAAUAGGCAAUAAAAAAAAAUGGAGGAAAACAAUGUUCAAAGCAAUUUUUAGGUAUCAUUUAUAAGCGUCGUUUUCAAUAAGUCGCUGUUUGAUACACUUUCAGCUACAAUUGACUCUCCGUUUUGUGAAAUCGUUGGAAUCAAAUGUUAAUAUGAAACUUCCUUGUGAUCUUCGCUUUUGUUCUAAUGGUACAUUCAUUCGAAUAUCAUUGGAACAAGUGUUAUGCACGGUUUGUCUGUUAUUCGCUUUUUGUCACAUACAUAGUCAAAUGCGAGAGCAAGCUCGGGGAAGAAUAUUAUUCUUUUUUUUUAUUAGAUUUGAGCCGAUUCACAAAACGGGCAAGACCAAUAUGGCCAUUCAGGAGAUUCGAUUACAUUGGUCAAUAGUGGUGAUAUCACAACAUUUUUAUAUAGCACGGAAACAAGUUGAGGAACGUUGAAAAACAGUUGUAGAAUACGCGAUUCAAGAUUGAACCUUACGAAAUUGCAUGAACGAUACACAGAAGUUCCAGGUUAAGAUGACAAGAAGUUAUAUUCGAAGUAUGCUUCUUUGUAUAUUUUCUUACACGUACACAUGCAACGCCUAAUUGCAUUAUUUCCAAAUAGUAUAUAUAUUUAAAUAUGUAUUAUUAUAUGCUGUGUAGCAAAGUGUUGAUUAAAGGAGAAAUUGAAUUGUUGCGUGACCUAAUACUUUAAUUAAGUA